ACAUCGACAAAAAAAACAAGUUUUCCAAGUCUUUGUCCUCUGAAAUCGUCUUCUUGCCUCACUUCGCCUAUGUAAAUUAUUGGGAGAUUGUUUAUUCUGUUUUAACGAUGUUGGGCGCCACGCGUGCCCAGUUGAUCCGAUAGUCGAUUUCGUCCCGAACCCAAGGCUUCGGCGGAAAUUUGGAUCCAUUGACCCGGGCCUUUGCUAUCUAUCGUUAUCCAUCGAGUAACUUGGACAGCGAAGCCUGAGGCAGUCAUCUUUGCUUUAGGAAAUGAAGCUACCAGCCGACUUCUACUGCCAUUUCGCCUGCUUGGAACGCGAUGCACCACAUUCCUGUAAGCGAACUCGCCAGCACUACAGGGUCACCUGAGUGGUGCACAGACCACGGGCUGCUGUAAUACUGGAGUGCUUUGCCAGUUCAUGUCAAAGAAGCCAUCCCAUAACGUAGCCAAAUAGAUUUAGUGAGAGAACACAGCCCUUGCGGACACCUAGGGUCACGUAGAAGAGCCGAUUCCUCACAUGGGCUGUGGUACAUAUUCAGCGGUGGUAGGCUUAGGUUGGGCGAUGUAAGUUCGUCGGCCUCAGCACUCAAUGAUAGGUGACAAGAAAUCCAGAUAAAGUCGAACGUUGAGGCAGAAUCUAAGAAGCAGAUGAGGAUAGGCUGUCUACAGUAGUAGUGGUGAUAACGUAUUCUACGAAUGGAGGAGUGCCGAUCGACGCAUCCACGCGCCAGUCGAAACUCGCACCCAUUUCUUAUCCACGCGUCGUGACACAAUCGAAGACGAUUAUGGAGGAUAGCUGCAAAUACCUACAGCAACGUCAAAGAAGUUGAUGUCCUGGUAGUUUCUGUAGUGGUUCCUCCCUUCUUGACGACUCACCCUCGGACAGCGUCGUCCCAGUCCGCGAAAACUAUCCGUCUCUCAAAUUCGGUCAGCAGUCGUGGGUCUCGAAACACGUCUACCAAACAAGUCAGAGGUACAAAUAACAGCGCUCUUGAAAUUCUCCCGUUUGCAGCUGUGUACGCAGAUUUCAGUAUGUGACUGUGCAUCUUUAAGCUCCAGAAAAAAGCAAGAGGUGUUCUGCACAGGCUUCUCGAAAACUUUACCUAGGCCGUGUAUUUAACUGUUUUUUGGGUAGUUUUUUUAUCUUGGAGCUGUAGCAAGUACUCGGAGGCCCGUCUCGUUCAACAAAGGGCCACCUAAUCCGAUUGAGUUUUUGGGAACAAUGUUUGCUGAUGCUUUCGCUUUGUUUAAUUUUCUCUGCUGUUGUCUUAAACCAAUUUUUCGUAUUGCGGUUGGCAGGCCGCAUGGACUUGUAAAGAAUCACAUCGAUCGGCAGUAUGUAAAUAAUCAUUACGCUCUAGAAGGCGGGACACGCCUUUACAUUUUUUGUCACAGCGCUUUUCUAAUUCUCUUAUUGGCAUACUAGACCUACAACCGCAAGUUGGAGUUGAAAAAACUUAACUUUUCCAUCUUGGCAAACUACCUGGACCUCCUUGAUGUUAUCACUCGGGACCCCAGCUCGCCUAGAAGGACAGAGAAGCUUGAACAUCUCGGUAUAUUGUUCGUCAACAUGCACCACAUCUUAAACGAAUACCGCCCCCACCAAGCUCGCGAUCUGGUGCGGGAGAUGCUACGUUAUCAGGUCUGUUGCGCCGCCUUCAGCUUUUUUUUAGAAAAUUGUAUUUUGACAUUGUUGCCUAGCCAAUGUAAUUCAUUCAGAUGCUCAGCACUUCAGAUCUGCAAACCUCCGUACCCUUUUUCAGGUUGAUAUUGCUCGCGAGACCGUUCGCAGGGGGGAGGAAUAUUUUGCACGAGCUGAUGAGACUCUCCGUUCCGCGGCUCAACAGCUUGUCGUUCCCGGAUCCUCUUCCGUCAACAAGCCGUCAUCGCCGACUUCUCCAUCCUUUGCCGACUUGGGGUCGGAAUUAGCGUCUUUCCUAACCGAUUUGCAAGCGGAUUUAAAACUAUCCGAGACGAAACCUAUGGUACCAAAUGAUUUAAAGGGCCGUUUAUCUCCCGACAUUUCUGCCGAGCAGCAGUCAUGCUUACCGUUGACGACUCCCUCUGACAGAGUGAAUGAUGAUGAGACUCUGGAUCUGGAUCCUAGCAUUUGGUCUUUCUUGAAUGGUGUUACGGAAUAA